GCUCAGCCCCCUCCCCGUGACAAGGGAAACGGCCAGCCCGACGCCCCCUCCCCGUGACCGUGACAAGGGCAACCAAAGCCCCGCGACCCCACUCCUACUUCCGCGCCGCCCCCUCCCCGUGACAAGGGCGACGCGCCGCGCCGCGCAACCCCGCUCCCACUCCAGCCCCAGCGGCCUGAAGUCCCAGCCUUUCGCUCCGCAGCCCCGGUGAGUGGAGCCUGUGUCGACUGGCCGGCCCGAGGCCCUUCUACAGAGGACGACGAUGCUGGGUCGGCGGCGGUGGCAUGUCAGGCCGCUCCUGCUGGUCUGCUGCGGAAUGAUCGCCGUGGGCUUCGUGAUCCUGACCUGGAGCGCACGGGGGGAGGAGGAGUUGGACGGGGAAGGAGUGGGUCAUCAAGUCGGGGGUCGCGCCGCCGCCGCCGCAGGUGGAGACGGCCGUGUGGACCCAGACGCCGAGUACGAACAGCUGAAGAGACCCGUUUACGAGAAGCCUCCGCUGGACGUGAACGCGUUGGGAGAGUUGGGCAAAGCCGUGCAACUGAACCUGCAAGGCGAGGAGAAGAAGAAGGAGGAGGAGGCGAUCAACAAACAUCAGAUCAAUAUAUAUGUGAGCGACAGGAUCUCCCUGCGCCGCCGGCUGCCGGAGAGGUGGAACCCGCUAUGUAAAGAGAAGAAAUAUGACUAUCGAAACCUUCCAACCACCUCUGUGGUGAUAGCAUUUUAUAACGAGGCCUGGUCAACGCUCCUGCGGACACUUCACAGUGUUCUUGACACUUCACCUGACAUCCUAUUGAAGGAGAUUAUCAUAGUGGAUGAUUACAGUGAGCGAGAGCACCUAAAGAAGCCUUUGGAGGAUUAUGUGGCUGAUCUUCGCAAAGUCCGAUUGAUACGUGCUCGAAAGAGAGAAGGCUUGGUUCGUGCACGAUUGCUGGGCGCAUCAAUAGCUACUGGUGAUGUUUUGACUUUCUUAGAUUGCCACUGUGAGUGCCACAUAGGUUGGCUGGAACCAUUACUUGAGAGAAUUAAAGAAGACGAGUCUGCUGUGGUCUGUCCUGUGAUUGAUGUCAUUACAUGGAAUACCUUUGAAUUCCUGGGAAAUUCUGGAGAGCCUCAGAUUGGAGGGUUUGAUUGGAGACUAGUUUUCACCUGGCACACGAUUCCUGAUCAUGAACGAAAACGAAGGCGAUCCUCAAUUGAUGUUAUUAGGUCUCCAACUAUGGCAGGUGGGCUAUUCGCUGUUAGUAAGAGGUACUUUGAAUAUCUGGGUACUUAUGAUACUGGAAUGGAGGUCUGGGGAGGAGAGAACCUGGAGAUUUCUUUCAGGAUUUGGCAGUGUGGGGGUUCCUUAGAAAUACAUCCUUGUUCUCAUGUGGGGCAUGUUUUCCCUAAACAAGCUCCUUACUCGAGAAGUAAAGCGCUGGCAAACAGUGUACGUGCUGCGGAAGUCUGGAUGGAUGAGUAUAAAACUCUGUACUACCACAGGAAUCCACAUGCUCGUUUGGAGGCAUAUGGUGAUGUAACAGAGAGAAGAAAACUAAAAGAGAAAUUGCAGUGUAAAAACUUCAAAUGGUUUUUGGAAAAUAUUUACCCAGAUAUACAUGUACCUGAAGACCGAGCAGGUUUCUUUGGAAUGCUGAAGAACAAGGGGAUGUUGAAAUAUUGCUUUGAUUACAAUCCACCAAGUGAACACAAUGUUGCAGGAGAGAAAAUCACCCUGUACCAGUGUCAUGGUAUGGGACAAAAUCAAUUUUUUGAAUACUCUUCACACAAUGAAAUUCGUUAUAAUACUCGUCAGCCUGAGGCCUGUAUUGCAGCAGAUGCUGGCAGUGACUUCCUGACAAUGUACCUUUGCCGAGAGAAUAACCAGCCUGUGCCUGAAAACCAACAAUUCAUUUUUAAAGAGGAUGGUUCGAUCUACCAUAUCCUUUCGCAGAGGUGUAUAGAGGCUGUAGCCAAUGGAUUCAAUAAUGGUCGGCCGGGACCAUUACUGCGGCCAUGUUCAGAUACCGAUCAUCAGAAAUGGUACUUUCAAGAAAGAAAAUGAUCUCCACGUUUACAUAAAUCUUUUAACAGCCAGAUGAACGACUCCAAUGUCUUCUCGUAUUUUCAGAGAGCAACCGUGACCAAAAAAUCUAACAGAUUUUUCAUAUGAAAAUGGGAUCUUAAUGUUUUGUACAUUGACUAUAGAAUAUUUAGUGUUGGCAUGAUAUCAUGGCGUCUUUGUACCAUUUUUUUCACUGAAGGCAGUUUAACUUUAAUGAUAAUGCCUCAAAUUUAUAUAUAAAAAAAACUCUAAUUUUUCAAUGGAUAAUUUUAAGUGUGGGCUUUUCUUAAGUAAUUGAUAAGGUACCAGAUUGUAAAUGUUUGUGUUGAAUUUAUAAGAUGAAGAUUUAUAAGAUACUUUGUGAAAGGCUUCAAUGAAAUAAGGUUUGAAAACUACAUUUGGACUUAAUACAUGCUAUUGCUGUUAGUGAUUUGUGACGUCACAGCUACACGAAGAGAGCGAAUUGACACUGACUCAGUUAGAAUAUGACCAGAGAACUUUUCUUCCACCAGCGCUGAAGAUAAGUAAAGAGUUAGAAUUUUAGGUGGGUUAUGCAAAAAUUUGCAGUUUUGAUCCUUUCAACUUUGAUUGGUGCACUUUUGGGAAUAUUAUGUUUUGAUGUGGGUUUCCAUUUCUUCUGUUCCACAACACUGCCUUGUGUUAUUAAAACUGAUGCAGACUGUAAACAAUGUUUAGCCUAAAAGGAUGUAUAUUCUGAAAGUUCAUGCAAGAUUUAUUUAAAAGGAUGACCUGAAGCAAUAAACAUAUCAUGAAAAUAUAUAUGAGGUAUACAAGGGAGUGUAAGGUGAAAGAAAAAUCUAAUUUCUAAAUGGUGGGGACAUGUUUUUACAUCCAAAUUUAACUGUGGGUGUGGGUGGGGGUGGGGGGGGGGGGGGGGGUGCAAGAUUUGUCUUUUUACAUGAAUAAAAAAAUUGAGACCAUGUAAUCAGGUAUGGGACCAAAGUGAGCCCAGGAAAUAUUUGAUCUGGUUUUGUACGCUGGGUGAAAGUUACAUUUAUAUUUUUAUAUUGUGCCUCAUGAUGAGAAUUAUUCAAGCAUUAGAGUUGGAUGACCUCUUUGUUUUGCGAUUGAGUGGAGGAUAAAAAUUGGUCGGGGUGUUGGGAAAACUGCCAAUCUCUUCCAAACAGCCAAGUGGUUCAUUAAUCUCCAGCUGAACAGGUGGUUAAGGCUUUGAUUUAAUGCCCUGUCUGAAAGUAGUGUUCUUUGUUGCACACAAAUUUCAGUGUAAAUUUCAUGUUCCGUUCUUGGCUGAACUUGAAAUCUUGACUCAAAGGCAAGAGUCUGGCAAUUGAAACAAACCAGCACUCCUGCAUGCAUGGGACUAAGCAUGCUCCCAGGUCUUUCAAUGCUAAUUUUUAACCUUUUGAAAUAGAGGAUCCUAAACUAAAUUAUGGUGGGUUGGUGGCCCAGUUAGUAGAGAUGCUACCUCAGUUUUAGCAACCUGGAUUCUAUUUCCACCUGUGUUUUCUGUGUGCAGCUUAUAUGUGCUCGCUGUGACUGCGGUUUCACCUGGGUGCUCCAGUUUCCUCCCACAUUCCAAAACAUUGCCAGUUAGUAGAUUCAAUGACCACUAUAAAUUGCUGUUGGAAAUGCUGGUGAAUGAUAGAAUUUAGGAGAGUUGAUGAAAAUAUGGGCAGAAUAAAAUGCAUUGGGGUAAGUCUAGUGUCAAUGGUUGAUUGGUGUGGUAUGGUAGGCCAGAGGUCAUGUUUCCAUGCUGUGUGGCUUUGAGUCAUUCAGAUGUUAGAUGGGGACAUGAUAUGUAAUCAUUAUCUUUGGAUUCCCAUACAUUGCUAAAUUUUACUCCACCAAUGUGUCCUUGAUUUAGAACUGACUAUGCAAAUGGGCAUGGUGCCAACAUUUCAGUAGUAGACAAACGAAUGAAGAACUUAAAUGUUAUAUUUUUAAAUGAUUCUAUACCCAAUUGGGGAUAUAGAAUAUGGUUUACCAGAUGUGAACACAUCUUUUUUAAAUGCUUUGAAAAAUAUUUGGACAAUGAGUUAAUGUUGUUUUAAAAUCGUAUUGGGUUAAGUUAUUUCUAUGCCCUCUCCUUUUGUAUUGGCUCAUUCCUGCCAAUGUAGCUGUGAUAUCCUAUGUUGGAAAUGAAAAGCAAAUGUACAAUGGAUCACUUGAAUACAGAAGUCUUUUAUUUUGAUAUAAGAUUUGAAGGCACUCUAUUUUUGCACACCAAACGCAUCGUGCAAAAUGUGAUUAUCUUGUAGCAUUCUGCUAUUGAGGAUUGCAAUUCAGAAAGUGUGGUCUGCUUUUUUUUCUUCCUAUUAAAAAAUAACUACAGGAUGUGUAUAAUAUUUGCAAAUGCUGCAUAUAUGUCUACAUUAACCUAACUAUAGCAAUACAGAAAAUAGAUGAGCUAGAUGGUUUGAUGGCUUCCCUCAUCUGUAAAUUGGACAUGAAACCUGAAUGUUGGGGAAUGUAAUGUAUAAUUUAAAAUUAUUUUUGUAGAUCCAGGCAGCUAAUCACUGGAAAUGACUAAAGGGCUUUGACUUGUAUAAAUAUAAUUAUCUCUGGGCUUCCAUAAUGUGUAAUAUUUUGAUUUAAACUAUUUUUGCAUUCGUAUUGAGGGACCAUUUUUAAUCGUGCAUGGUCAUGCACUGACUUGACUUUAUAAGCAAUUUUAAGCGGUUUCUGAUGUUGAGGUGAAAGAUUGUAAACAAUUUGGUUGUUCCUUCUACUAAGCAGUUAUGUCAACAUAUAAUUGCAUCUGAUCCCAAUUGUUGAGAUAUGACUGCUAAAGAAAAAACAACUUUGGAUAUCAACUCAAAUAUGUAAUGAUUUGUUUUCUAAAAUUAAAAAAUGGGUAUUAUUUUUGACUAACAAACUAAUUUUAUAAUUAAUCUUUUUGUAAAAUAUUGCAGCAUUGCUGUUCUGCAGCUUCUUUCCUGAGUCUCAACAUAGCAAAUGAGUAGCCUGUUAGGGGUGAAUUGUAUAUUGCCUAGUUGCCCACAGAAGCUGCAACAUCAGUGCAAUAAAACAGGAUAUUUUUUGUUCUCCAAUUGCUAGCUCGCUGGCGGGCUAGCCAUUGUUAAAAGCUACUCAGAGGAAAAACAUUGAUUGACAUUGAUUUCUUAAAACAAGAUUUUUUUAGGAACAUUGUGAGCAGUCACAACAUCAUUAUCUGCUUCACGUAUGUUGGCAAGAUUCAAGAGGACACUUGGAUUUUUCCUACCUACAUUUGUUUUUCAAUAAUGUGUUGCAUGCACUUUACAAAAUCCGAUACUCCUGAAUCUAUUCUUUGUGAUGCUUUUAGGUAUUUCUGUUGGACAUUGUUAUGGAAAUUAUUGUAAUCAACUUGUGUAAACUCCUUAUUGUAAUAACCUCCUAGUGUUUUUCAUCAGCAAUAAAAGUAUUGCAGGGAAUUGCAUCAAA